UACCUUGCCGUUCCCCUACUUGUUGCUAUCCACCGAGGUGGCGUUGGUGAGAAGUUCGUAAUAUUUAAGUGCCGGUAUUUGGGGAAAAUGUCAGAACCGCAAGCAAAGAAAGCGAAGAUGGCAAGUUCACUGGCACAGCUGAAGAAAUAUACAACUGUGGUUGCUGACACUGGUGAUUUUGAAGCCAUGAAGCAGUAUAAACCAACAGAUGCUACAACAAAUCCCUCUUUGAUGCUUUCGGCGGCCAACAUGCCACAGUAUAAGCACCUAAUAGAAAAGGCAGUGGAAUAUGGAAAGAAGGCUGGCGGGUCAGUAAAAGAUCAAGUUGAAGCAGCAGUGGACAAAUUAUUUGUACUAUUUGGUGCAGAGAUUUUGAAGAUCAUACCAGGACGUGUUUCCACGGAAGUAGAUGCAAGGUUGUCUUUCGACAAGGAAGCAAGCAUAAAAAAAGCAAGGCGACUCAUUGAACUGUAUGAGGAAGAAGGUAUAAAAAAGGAUCGCAUUCUUAUUAAACUAGCAUCCACAUGGGAAGGCAUACAAGCAGCAAAGGAACUAGAAGAAAAACACGGCAUUCACUGCAAUCUUACACUGUUGUUUUCAUUUUGCCAAGCUGUUGCCUGUGCUGAGGCUGGCGUUACCCUAAUAUCUCCUUUUGUUGGCCGUAUUCUUGACUGGUAUGUGGCAAAUACAUCACAGAAGCAAUAUGAACCAGAGGAAGAUCCUGGUGUGCAAUCAGUCACAAAGAUUUAUAACUACUAUAAGAAAUUUGGUUACCAAACUGUAGUGAUGGGUGCAUCCUUCAGAAAUAUUGGUGAGGUGAAAGCUCUUGCUGGCUGUGACUUGCUGACAAUUAGCCCCAAACUUCUACAGGAACUUGAUUCUAACGCAGAUGAGGUCCACGAGAUGCUGACGGAGAAAUCUGCACGAAAGUUGGAUAUUGAUAAAGUGACCCUUAAUGAAGCAGCCUUCCGUUGGAUGUUGAAUGAAGACCAGAUGGCCACUGAAAAACUGUCAGAGGGCAUCCGAAAAUUUGCAGAGGAUUCCAGGAAACUUGAGAAGAUGCUUACUGAAUACUUGGCUGCUAAAGGAAAAUGAUGUGUUUAAUGAAUUUUGUGUUUUAAGUGGCCUUGAUACUUUAACAGCUGGUGGAAAAUUUUCCUUAUUCAUUGUAAAUGGGUAACAGGAUUUUAAAUAUGUGGCAUUGGUAAUUUAUCAUUUAAUGAACCUUGUCACUGGGGAUGUAAAUAAUUCCAGUAAGGUGCUGUUGACAAAACCUAAUAACGAAGUACAGUUUUAGAUAAAUUUAUUUUGUGAGUGAUGUUUUACAGUGUUACAUGUUUAUAAAACAAAUUCUAAUGAGAAAUAUAUACAAAGUUCGGGACCACUGGUCACUCA